CGACUGGCCCUCACAGCAAGCCUAGCAUAGCACUAUACACUCAUCUGCUGCACAUACACACACACACACUCUCGUCUGGCUGUCCUUCACCCAAGCAGCCGAAUAAAAAGCUAUCGUCGCAACGACUACACUUCCGAGAGGGGUCUCUAAAGCCUGCACACAGGUGUCCCAUAACUGCUCAGAAUGAAUCUGGAGCCGCCCAAAGCUGAGAUCAAGUCGGCCACCCGUGUCACCGGCGGCCCCGCCACCCCACGCAAGGGACCGCCCAAGUUCAAGCAGAGACAGACCCGUCAGUUCAAGAGCAAGCCUCCGAAGAAGGGAAUCCAAGGCUUUGGUGAUGAUAUCCCUGGGAUGGAGGGCUUAGGCACAGACAUUACUGUCAUUUGCCCUUGGGAGGCCUUCAAUCACCUGGAGCUGAAUGAGCUGGCCAAGUACGGCAUCAUCUGAGGCCACGUUCGUACACUUCAAACCAUCCGCCUCAGGCUCCAUCUUCUAACUUCCAAUGGAACUAUUCAAAAGAAAAAAACGACCAUAACGAACUGUAACAAACACAAAAAAAUGAAAAAGGAGAAAAGUUAUCUACAAAAAAAAGAACACUUUCUUUCCGCUUUCACCGUAUUUUUCUUCUGAUUCUGCACUUAGAAUCUGUUGAUUUGAUUCUCACGUCUUCACUAUACUGUAGAUCUGCACUGUUACUCUAAACCGCCAGCAUCCUUUUCUCUUCUCUCGCUGUUCUUCUUUUCCCUCACCUUUCCUCCUCUUAUUUUCUAUUCUUCUCACAGACAAAAACGUGAAACUUAUGCAAGCAUAGCAGCCUCAAAUUGAGUUUAAGUGACAAACCCGUGAAGUGGGUGGGUUCCCACUUUAUGUGCUUUGGGGCCUCUUUUCGCACAUCUCAGAGUCCAUCAACAGCCGAACGUGUAAAAACACAAAAACCUGAAUUCUGUAGAGACUGGAACGCCAGCUUGCCCAUUGCUGAGCGUAACAUUUCAGUUGGAUAACGUUAAUCAAUCCAUCACAUAUCCCACUUUUCCCUCUGUUCUGACCAACACUUAGCUGCAUCUAUUUUCAAAAAUCAUUGUUCUUAACUUGAAGAGAAGUGAACUGUAUACACUCACUGCCUGGCCCUUGUGUGUUCUCUCUGACAUUCUCCUGUCUGUUGUUCAUGUGUUUAUGUGUAAAUGUAUUUUUUUGGGUCUGUAGACUGUUAAAAACUGAAUUGCCCUUUUUAGGAUAAAUAAAGUUGUUUGAACUUGAA